AUGUGGCAUGCUUGGAAGUUCAGGUUGCAAAAUUUGGCUGGCCUCUUCCGGAAACUAGUAACGAUUCCAGGUGCGUCGCUCGCUCAUACAUCCUCAUUAGCACUCACGACCCAACACGAGACAAACCCUCAAGCUUUGCCAUUCGCUGGUCCCCAAAUAUCCGGCCCUACUUCUAAUCUGCCUACGACGUGUCCGAAUCCGAAGCGCGGAGUUUCUACCGUUCCUCCGGCCCAGAAGGCGGUAGGCGGUCAACCCACGCGACCGCCUUCACAGCCUGCCCAGAAACAAGACGAAGGAUCAAAACCGCCUCCAGGCCAAACCUAG